CAGAGGACCAAAAGAAUGGCUUCUAAGCAAAAACAUGCCGAACACGUGAAGACCAACCAGAUUGCGUCGGUAGGUGGCAAAGUACUUUGCUAUAAAUAUUGCAAGACUCCUUUCUCUACUUACAAGAAAAAUCGCGUUGCAUUUCAGACAACAGAAAUGGCCGGACAAGCCUUUAGUUCUUGUGCAAGAAACUGAAAACAAUGUGAAAGAUUUUCCUUAAAUGGACGCGGAGCCCGGCUUGGUCUGGGGUUGAAGUCAAAGGCCCCGGUCUCCCUUUGCCUUAUAGGCGUUAUUUCUCAUACGUUAUGCAAGAUUCCCCAGGCCCCAAACCAUUCACUUUUUCCUGUCAUCUCGAGGUGUGCCCAGGGUACAUCUCAGCCUCCGACCUUUCUGCUUUCACUUUUGGUUAGUCAGAACCUCCAUCUGGCGGGAUUUGAAUGUGAGUGUUUUCUGUGGCUUUUCUGUGGCUCCUUUUCAAAGCAUUCAAAGCAGUUUAAAAAUACAGAAUGUUCAGCGAUCUGACCAAGAGCUAAUGAGCCUUCACGUAAAUGGGUCCAGUCAUGCCUCCCAGUAAGAAGCCAGAAAGCUCAGGAAUUAGCGUCUCCAGUCGGCUGAGUCAGUGUUACCGGGGCAGCGGUUUCUCCAAGGCCCUGCAGGAGGACGAUGACCUCGACUUUUCUCUGCCUGACAUCCGAUUAGAAGAGGGGGCCAUGGAAGAUGAAGAGCUGACCAAUCUGAACUGGCUUCACGAGAGCAAGAACUUGCUGAAGAGCUUCGGGGAGUCGGUCCUGAGGAGCGUCAGCCCCGUCCAGGACCUGGACGACGACACCCCCCCAUCCCCUGCCCACUCUGACAUGCCCUACGAUGCCAGGCAGAACCCCAACUGCAAGCCCCCCUACUCCUUUAGCUGCCUCAUAUUUAUGGCCAUCGAGGACUCUCCGACCAAGCGCCUGCCAGUAAAGGAUAUUUACAACUGGAUCUUGGAACAUUUUCCGUAUUUUGCAAACGCACCUACCGGGUGGAAAAACUCAGUGAGACAUAACUUGUCCUUGAAUAAGUGUUUUAAGAAAGUGGACAAAGAGAGGACUCAGAGCAUUGGGAAAGGGUCAUUGUGGUGCAUAGACCCAGAGUAUAGACAAAAUCUAAUUCAGGCUUUGAAAAAGACACCUUACCACCCAUACUCACACGUGUUCAAUACACCCCCUGCCUCUCCUCAGGCGUAUCAAAGCACAUCAGGUCCACCCAUCUGGCCGGGCAGUACCUUCUUCAAGAGAAAUGGAGCCCUUCUGCAAGAUCCUGACAUUGAUGCUGCCAGUGCCAUGAUGCUUUUGAAUACUCCCCCUGAGAUACAAGCAGGUUUUCCUCCAGGAGUGAUACAAAAUGGAGCACGGGUUCUGAGCCGAGGGCUGUUUCCUGGAGUUCGGCCGUUGCCAAUCACUCCCAUUGGAAUGACGGCAGCUGUGAGGAACGGCCUCAGCGGCUGCCGGCUGCGGACUGAGAGCGAGCCGUCGUGCGGCUCCCCGGUGGUCAGCGGAGACCCCAAGGAGGACCACAACUACAGCAGCGCCAAGUCCUCCACCGCCAGGAGCACGUCGCCGGCCAGCGACUCGGUCUCCUCCUCUUCGGCCGACGACCACUACGAGUUCGCCACCAAGGGGAGCCAGGAGGGCAGCGAGGGCAGCGAGGGCAGCUUCCAGAGCCACGAGAGCCACAGCGAAACGGAGGAGGACGACCGGAAACACAGCCCGAAGGAGGCCAAGGACGCCCUGGGGGACAGCGGCUACGCGGCCCUGCACAAGAAGCGCCAGCACUUGGCCAAGGCCAGGAAGGUCCCCAGCGACACGCUGCCCCUCAAAAAGAGACGCACGGAGAAGCCCCCCGAGAGCGACGACGAGGAGAUGAAAGAGGCGGCAGGCUCGCUCCUGCACUUGGCAGGGAUUCGGUCCUGUUUGAAUAACAUCACCAAUCGGACGGCAAAGGGGCAGAAAGAGCAAAAGGAAACCACGAAAAAUUAAAAACAAGUCACCGAUUUGUUUUGAACUUUCGGCCAUUUGGUUUUAGCAUGUCAGGAGAUUUCUAAUGAUUUGUGGCAAUAUCAGCAAUUUAUUACUUUUUUCUUAUCUUUUUUUUUUUUUUUUGGUUUGGUUUUAUUUUAUUUCCUUUUUUUUUUUUUUUUUUUUUUUUUAAUUUGCCCCUCCUUUGUUUUGGACCCUUAAGAAUUUUAUUUUUAAAGGAGAUUGAAGCCAUAGAACUCAUAUUGACACUCAGCUGUUUUACAAAAGCUUUUCAUUAUCUGAAGACAAAAACAAAAAAAACAAAAAACAAAAAACAAAAAAACAACAACGAAAAAGCCAAAAUUACCAUUGCUUCCUCCAGCUUUGUCAGAAACACGUGGCUGAAUCCGCAGGGAUGCCAACGAUCAUGCCACGGGAACACACAUUCGGCACCUAGAAGGCACGUGUGCAAAGUAACCAUCGAUCAGGCCCAACCCUUAGGUUUAAAAGGUCAGGAUGUCCACCCAGCUGGGUUCGCUGAGUGAAUGCAUAUAAGGCAACUGGGGAGAAGGAAGAGUCCUGGUCCCCUGGAAGCAGGUCCAGGCUUGUAGCGCUGGGCAUCAAAUUGUGCCAGGAAGAGCCUUGGCGUGGCCAUGAAGUGUGCAGGGAUGGGUGGACGGAGUGGGGGACGGUCUCCAGUCCUUUGUGCUUCUUCGCUGUGGAGCCUAGUAGCAUGUUAGGAGGUGGACACUGAACCACUCGUUUAUACCAGGUGUCAGUGACUAAUGAGAGAGUGGGUCAAUUUUUAGUGAUGUUGCUAAUCUUUGAAUUUUGUUCUGUAUUAAGAGAAUGUUCCACAAGCCAUAAGCCUGAGGUUGGCCCUGCACACACACCUAUACACGCAUGUGCACACACACGUGCACGCGCGCACGCACACACACACACACAAAUAUGAGAGAGAGAACUUGAUGCAGAAAAUGAGCUCUUCUUAACUGCCCAAGUGAAAAUCAAGUCCAGGAAAUUACAAUAGCUGUCAAGGAAGAAAAUAAUGGUACAGAUCUUUUUCUGUCUGUCAAAACUAUUUGAUCCGAGUGGGGAAAAAAAAAAAAAAAGCUACACAAGCUGCCAUUAGUAUUGCGGUGUGUUUUUAAAAGAUCAAAGGCACAUUGACGGACAAACAAAAGUAAAACACGGCAAAACAAAAGCAAAAAAAACUCCUGUACUGCCCUCAGAGUGGAGUUUGCAAUUAAUGCCAGUCAGGAUUCAUCUUUGCAAAAUCAAUGAUUUCCACGUUCAGCCAGUGUAGCCCGCAGAAAUUUCUGAUCCACAAUGCAUGGAUUCCUUUGAAAAAAGAAAAACAAAAAAACAAACAAAAAAAAAAUCACAAAACACAAACUUUUUUUUAUUCAAAAAUAACAAAGUUCUUGUAAGGUAAAUAAUGUAUUUAGCAUGAAGCAUGAAUUAUUUUCAUAUAAAUAUAGAAAAUAGAGAAAAGGCUAUGCCUCUAAUUUUUAAGCCCUUAGGCUUAGAGUUUCUUUCGGUUUUCUUUGUUUUUUUCUUUCUUUCAUUUUUUUUCUGUUGUUUUUGUUUUGUUUUUUUUCUCCCCAAUUAUUUUGUUUUGGUUUUUUGAAGCAGGUGUUUAAGGUUUAACCUUCUUCAGGGACAAAUUCUGACUGUUGGGGAAUCUUACUCUGCAAUAGAAAAUAUCUUCGUGUUCUGGUAGGGCCUGGAUGGUGGAGCUCUGUACUGCCUUGUCUGCACUUCAGCCCCCGACCCCCUGAUUCUCUGUUGAAAAGUGUGUCCUUUCUCUUUGUCUGUACAUGUUUACCAUGACGCAAUAAUUUGAGGGCAAACUUAGUAGUGAGUGUGUAUGAUAGAAUCGAGAAUUUCUAGGACGCCGACUUGAGAAAACCAUUACCAGGAUUUGGUUCUAGAAAGAAGGUAGUGAAUAAUUAUGCAAAUUCGCCAGAAGAAGGGGAAGCACGCUAAUGGGCCUUAUUGGAUGAGGGUGUGAGUUAGGGUACGCGUGAAGGAGAAAGUGACAUGGGUGUUGGAAGGACCAGCCCCAGACAGUUUUCCUGUGAUGCCAUCUCACAGUGGGAAGGAGGGGCCGGCCACCUGUACCGUGCACACCAACCAGCCUGGAAUGAAGCCCGCCUAGAUUGUGAGGGCUGAAUUUAGACAACCGGAUGAUGUCACGCAGACCAGAAACUCCUGUUAUCUUUGCCUAAAAGAAAUUACCUUGGGAGAUGCAACGAGAAAUCUCUGAAAUCUUCCACCCACGUGGAGGGGAAUUUCAAAACAUAAACAGGAACACCCACUAUCGUGGCUCAGGACGUGGUGGUGAGGGGGAGGGAGGGGGGGCCCGGGGAGACGGUGAUCUUUAAAAAUGGGACCGUCGUGGGCCACUGCAGAGCCCAUCGGCCAGCAGCAGGCACGGUCAGGAGCUCCAUCAGCCAGGACAGAGGGAAGCAUCUGGCGCGUACCCCGCGACUUGCUUCCUCUGGGUUGCCGAAAAGAGAACCUGGGGAAAGAAAAGUCUACUACAUCCCUGUGACAGGUCGAGUUCAGUACCUGAACCGGAAUACUUCCAGCAUAUUUGUUCCGGGUGUAGAUGGGGGAGAGGAUGUGUUAUUCCCUCCAUCUCCCCAAAUAUCUGAUGCCCCAAAAGCCGUGUUAGCCGUGGAGCCUGAGCGACACUUGGAUUCGUGUUGUCACCUGACCGAACCCAGGAGACACCCACCCACCCCCCGACCCUUACCCUCACCCCACCCCCUCAGGAUAAGAUUUAGACUUCCCUCCUGAAAGGCAGAGGCAGACAUCCAAGACUGUUUCUGGCGGGGACUUCUUCCAGUUAACCCCCCCCCCCCCCCGUGGGCUGUCUCCCCUCACUUCAUUUUUCUAAAGGAGCAAAGGCCUCUUUUAGAAAAUAAGAAAAUGCAAUGUGUGUGAUUUACUUUUCUGAUCUCUUUGAGAAAUAGAUAACUAUCUUAUAAAAGUGUGUUCUUAACUCCAGAACCACUCUCUUUGCAUAAAUACCUCAUCGGGCAGCUUUCUAAGUGUUAUUUUCCUGAGUCUCCCUCGGCACCUCUGUAGGGGCUGCUGGGUGGCUUGCAGGGGAAACUUUAGUGAGGGUACUUUUUUCUAUUUUUCUUCUGUUUUUGGAGGCAUACACAUUAUGCAUAACCAAAACAAUGGCUCAAUUGUGUUUAACUUUGUAUUUUGACUGUUGAGGGGAAAAAAAAAAGUAUCGACGUGUAUGUGGCCGUCUGUAGUGAAGUCAUUGCAGAAUGAGGUUGUCCACGUCCCUCGCCACGCCAGGGGGCAGGAGGCACCCUCUCUCACUCCCUCCUCCAAGAGCAGUAGAGAAUUUAAGCACAAGCCUAUUUGUGAAAGAAUAUUUUGCUCCAGUGUAACUCACUUUAGUCUUGGAAUUACUUCCCAAACGUCAGGUGUUCCUUUAGCUUCCAAAACUAGCAUAUGUAUUCAUUAGUCUGACAGAUCGCCUGGGCACCGUUCAAGGGGUGUGGUGUUUUUGCUUUCAUUUCUCCUGCUGGGAGAAGUGGCAUUUCGUGUGUCAUUCCAGUAUCUCACGUACUCACAUGGGGCAGGGGGGAGGGGGAGACGGGGAACUAUAGCAAUAUUUAAAGACGCUUUCGAAAACAACCAUGAAUACAUCAGCACCACGACAUCUACAAUUACUUGCUGUUGGCCCUCGGACACAUUUAAGAGAAAGAGACUGUAGCUCUUUUUCCUUAAAUGAUAUACACAUAGACAGUUAUUUUUAUGCUACUAUAAUUGUCUUUUACCUUUAUCUAGUACUACGUGGAAAGGGUUUGCAUCAUAGAUUUUUCCCAGCCUUAUUAUAUACCAUAAGCUCCUACUUCCCUUCCCUCUCUAACCAAUAUACGUUUCAAGAGUUCUUUGGUGAAGCUGUCUAUUCGAAACUAAAAUGAACCAAACCCACAUUUAGGUGGUGGUUUGAGAUGGCCAAGACGACUGUGGCAGGUUUCAGUCUUGGGGCUGAGUUUUGAAGAAGGGAUGUGUCGGAGGCUUUUCCCAAGAGCUGAUUUUUCUCAUAGAGGCGCUCGACGAGUCUGGUCCUUGCUGGGUGCGGCAGUAACUACCACAGGGCAAUUCUAGAAGCCGCCUUUGCACUGAGUGGCGUUCCCGCCCCGGGGACAACUUCAGGCUGUGGGCUCUGUAGAGUGAAAACCGUCCAGAUGGCUUCUGUGCCCAGCCCAGUCCUCGGACGCGCUGGGCACAGCAUCGAGUGCUACCAACUCACGUUUCAAUUACCCCACGCUCCGCGUGUGGGCUCUUGGCCUCUCCUUGAAGGGCUUUUGGAGAAGGAAUCAGAGUUCUGUACAAGUGACCUACAUGGGAGGGUUUUCCACAGGGGAUCGGAUCAAAUUCAAUGUGACUUCUCUUUUCCCUUUAAACUUGAUUCGGGUUUGGGACUCGUUUCUUUCUGGUGGAUCACAGCUGCCCAGAUGUUGCCAUUUAUUUUUAUGUUUCUGUAGAGAAGUAUUUUUUCUUUCAUCUUCAGGAUUUUUGCCACCAAAAGAACACAUUUGAACUCUGUGUCCCCUCUUGAUUGUGACUUACCAGUGUUGACAGUUAAAUCCUUAGUGUCCUAGGUCCCAGCCCUCCAAUACUAUAUCAAACACUGUUAUGCACAUAAUGCAGCACUGUGAUCUAAUUUAAAUAAUACUUUUUUAUUAUUUAUACUACUAUAUAUAAUAUACAUCAACACUUUUGCUAUAUAACCUAAGUGAUAACCCUCUUUUAGUUACCUUCCAAACUCGGGACUUUGGUUUAUAUUGCAGUUAACACAGUUACAAAGUUGUAAUGGUGUCUUUUUUCUUUGUAACGGAAUGUGUAAAUCAAAGUAUAUACAUUGUGUGGUGUUCCUGUUUCUGGAGUUUCAUGAGGAUUUACACAUGGCAUUCAGUGUUCUGUAUAGACCCGCCUACCUUUGUGAAUUCAUCUGUUAACCCCUCUUCCUCUGAGAGAGCACCAGAGGUGGUUAAGUCCUUGUUUUUUCUCUCUCUUCUACUGGUUAUUCUUGAAUUAAGCACAGACUCGUCAGCUCGGUUGCUUUAUCAUGAAUAAUGCGUGUGACCUUGAAAUUCUUCCACAGUUCAGCAAACAAGUGCUAGCUUCACUGACCAAAAAUUAAGGAAGGAAAAUACGAUUUUCAAAACGAUUCAUCUUUUAGUGGCCGAAAACCGAUGUGUCUAUGGUGCUGCAUUUUGCUGUCUGUCGUACUUUUGAAAUCAGACCUAGGUGAAAGAUCACUUCUGACUUACUGUGAUACGCUCACAAGUACCCUUCCUGUUCGUUUUGUUAGCGUUGAAAUCAAGACUAUUUAUUUGGGAUAUAUUCAGCAGUGUUUUUCCACUGUAUUUCAUUUGCAAAAGUUGAGAACAGCCUUCCCUACCUUUUGCAAAUAACUGAUACUCCAUAUUGGAUUCGCACAGACUUCGAUAUGGUGAGCCUAUCAAACCUACAAAUUGUAUUUCAUCCCUUCAUUACUGUGGCCUGAGUUCCCCAAACUUCCCCCCCCCCACUUCUUUUUUUUUUUUUUUAGAUGAAACUUAGCACAAUUUCAGUUAUUUAAACAUAAAGCAUUUCUUGAGUAUGUAUGUUGAGGCCGUCGAAGCUCAUAGCUGAUUCAGUAACCAGUUUCAUGCUCGUUAUUCAUACUACUUACACCUGCCAUGGUGAAAAUGUGGGUGGGGGGGGAGUCUCCGGGUGUGUCUGGGAAGCAUUAUACACUUGUACAUUUUUUUUUUAUACUCUGAUUCUGUAACAUUUCUGAAUUUCAUUUUUGUUUUACAGAAGAAAAAAAAAUAAUAACAGUGAUAAAGCAAUCAGAAGACCAAGCACCUAUCGAUGCUUAGGGUCAUCUGACCUUCGCCGGCCAAUAGACCUACAUGGCCAAAUUCUAAUUUACUAGAGUAAUAAUUUUUCAAAAGCCAAUUUUUUUUCCUGUAUUUUCUGUAUGAAACUGCCAAUAUCAUGAAUAGAAAGGGAGAACCAUAAAGGAAAAAGGAAGUGAUGUUCAGUUGCGUUUGUGUUACCUAAAGGAGCAGUGUGGAGGCUUGCACAAUCAGCCGAAACUUAGGGACCUGAUGGUGUCGCUUUGGAGGCAUCCAUACUUGCAUUUCGCAUUCUUCAUAUGUAAUCAUAUUGCCAAAGACAAACUAUUUCAUCAUUUAUUGUAAAUAACACUUUUCCCCAGACCUACCAUAAAGUUUCUGUGAUGUAUUGUCUUCCAGUUGCAAUAAAAAUUACUGAGUUGCAUCAAUUGAAGAA